GCCCCGGGGCGGGGCCGGCGUCGUCGUUAAGUGCCGCGCGUUGCGGUACAGCGCACGGUUUGAGCGGUACGGCGGCAUGGCGGGCGAUCAUUCUCGCAGCCUGGGCAAAGGCAGCGCGGCGCCGGGGCCGGUGCCCGACGGGGUGAUCCGGCUGUACAGCAUGCGCUUCUGCCCCUUCGCCCAGAGGACGCGCCUCGUUCUCCGUGCCAAGGGCAUCAGGCAUGAAGUAAUUAACAUCAAUCUGAAGAACAAACCAGACUGGCUCUUUGAGAAGAACCCUUCUGGGCUGAUUCCUAUUCUUGAGACCAGCAAGGGCCAGUUAAUCUAUGAGUCCCCAAUCACUUGUGAGUAUUUGGAUGAAGCAUUUCCAGGGAGGAAGCUGAUGCCUUCAGACCCAUAUGAGCGAGCCUUUCAGAAGAUGCUUCUGGAACGCUUCUCCAAGAUAACAACUGUAAUUUCCAAGGCACUCAAAGAAGGAGAUGAUCUCACAACGCUGAAAGCAGAAUUAGCUGAAAAGUUUGCCAAACUUGAUGAGAUCCUCUCUCAGCGCAACACUGUGUUUUAUGGUGGGGACUCCAGCUCCCUGAUUGACUACAUGAUCUGGCCCUGGUUUGAACGCCUGGAAGCAUUCCAGUUGAAGGAGAAAAUGACCUUUAUUGAAAGAAAUUACAGGCAUGGAAGACAAGGUUUGAAUUUGCUAAUUGAAAACCUUAGACUUGAAGUGGAAUAUCUUCUUCAGAAAUCCUGUGCUGAGAAGGGAGACUGGUUUUGUUUUGUGAAGAAUAAAAUGUGUCCUGCUUUGCUAUAGGUAGAAGAUUAGUCCCUUUUGUAAUGGAUUUUUUAAUACAUAAAUAUAGGAGACUGGUGUCAGUGGAGAACUGUUUUAUAGCUUGUUUAACAUGGGGCCAAAGAGUCGGCUUGUAUGAGGACAUGGGUGAUAAAAUGGAAAAAUGAGUGUUGUUUUAAUGUUGUAGACAGCUAAACACCAUGCAGACACUUUCUUGCUCAGGGGGAUGGAGAAGAAAAUUGAAAAGUGCAAGAAUUCAUGUAUUGAGACGAAGACAGUUUAAUAGGAGAUUAAAAAGGGAAAGAAAAACAACAGCAAAAGAAUGAAAAGAAUAAACAGAGCAAGUGAUGCACAAAAGAAUUGCUUGCCUCCCACCAACCAAUGUCCAACCAGUCCCUGGGCAGCAGUGGCCCUCCUGGCCAAUUCCUGUUUUAUUGCUCAGCAUACUGUCAUGGUGAGGAAUAUCCUUUGGCCACUUUGGAUCUGGGUCCUAUCCCCAGUCUCUUCACUGUCAGAACAGUAUGAGAAGCUGAAAAGUCCUUAGUGUAAGCACUGGUAAGCAACAACUGAAACAUCAAAAUCUAAAUCUGAAGUACAGCACCAUACCAGCUAGGAAAACUAAUUCUAUCCCAUCUGGAACUAGGAGAAUGAGUAUAGAAUAGUUGGUGUCUUGGUGACUAAAUUGUUCUAGAAGAUUGAGGAAGAUGCAAGGAAUCCUGCAAGUGAAUUAAAACUACUGUAAGAUGAGGACAUCGUUGAUGGGCUGCUGCUCUGGUUUGUGUGGUUUUGUUUUGUGUGAUCCUUGACUGGGAGGGGCAAUGUUACAAGCUAUACAGGACCAGAGGCCUAGAGUUACCAAGGUACUUGAAUGAUCAAGUAUCUGGACCACUGUGUGUUAAGAUGCUUUAUGAAUAAGAGUUAAGAGCUACCUAGGAAAAUUGUACAUUAACUAAACUUGGGAUUUGGAGACUGGAAUGCAGAAUACCUCAAGUCAGCAUACCAGGAGAGAACAAAAAGAAAGUUUGUACUGUUAAGCUUUCAGUUUGUCAUGUACUACUUAAUUGCGUUCAAGUGGAUUUGUGGAUUUUGUUGUCUGAAUCUUUUUUCCUCAAUAGACUGUCUGCAUUUUGAGUUGCUGAGUUGCAGACUAAAAGAAGCUACACAGUGUAUCUCAGUCUUCUAUAGAGAGGGGAGAAGCUUGUGAGUUGUGAAGGGGUGUUUAUUAAAGAAUUGCCACUAACAAAGUGCUCAAGAGGGAGGCAGAGGUGUGCAAGCCUCUGUCCUCAACUCAGAGCAGAUCACAGAUAUGAACAGGGUCUCUUUUGUAGUAGGAAUAACACAAGAAGAAAGUCACUGAUAUCUUGCACAAUAACUGCUCUUUUUCUUUGUCAGCUUUGCAGAGUGAGCAAACUGAAAGAACUGCCUUGCUUUCCAAAUGUCAAUCUGCUUUCUAUGAUCCGUUACAUAUUUGUCACUUGCUCUGGGCUGACUGUCUCACUGCGAGAGAGAAAGCAAAACCAGUAGUAAAACAGAACUUCUAAAGCUGUUUUCCUUCCUCGAUGACCUCCUGAUUUCCUGCUUGUGUUAUUCAGACUC